CUCCCGCCCCGCCCUGCCCCGCGGCGCAUUGUGGGAUCGGGCCUGGGAGGCUGGGGAGCGGACUCGGCACUUGACCAUGGGGAUCCAGCCGAGCGCUGCCCUGCUGGCCUCCCUGGGAGUGGGGCUUGUGACCCUGCUCGGAGUGGCCCUGGGCUCCUACCUGCUUCGCAGGGCCCGCAGCGCGCCUGUCACCCUUCUGGACCCCAAUGAGAAGUACUUGCUGAGGCUGCUGGAUAAGACGACGGUCAGCCACAACACCAAGAAAUUCCGCUUUGCCCUACCUUCCGCCCAUCACAUCCUGGGACUACCUGUAGGAAAACAUGUCUAUCUCUCCGCCCGAAUUGAUGGCAACUUGGUUGUCCGUCCCUAUACACCCGUCACCAGUGAUGAGAACAAGGGCUAUGUGGAUCUUGUCAUCAAGGUCUAUCUGAAAGGAGUACACCCCAAAUUCCCUGAGGGAGGGAAGAUGUCUCAGUACCUGGACAGCCUCAAGAUUGGAGAUGUGGUGGAGUUUCGGGGGCCAAGUGGAAUGCUCACUUAUAAUGGGAAAGGGAAAUUUGACAUUCAGCCCAGCAAGAAAUCUCCAGCAGAAUCCCGAGUGGCAAAGAAGUUGGGAAUGAUUGCCGGAGGGACCGGGAUCACUCCAAUGCUGCAGCUUGUCCGGGCCAUCCUAAAGGACCCUGAAGAUCCAACCCGGUGCUUUCUGCUGUUUGCCAACCAGACUGAGAAGGAUAUAAUCCUACGAGAAGACCUGGAGGAAUUGCAGGCCCGACAUCCUGAACGAUUUAAACUCUGGUUCACCUUGGAUCAGCCUCCAGCAGAUUGGGCCUAUGGCAGGGGCUUUGUGACAGCUGACAUGAUCCGGGAGCACCUGCCUGCCCCCGGGGAUGACGUGCUGCUGUUGCUGUGUGGGCCGCCCCCCAUGGUACAGCUGGCCUGCCACCCCAACUUGGAUAAGCUGGGGUAUUCACAGAAGAUGCGGUUUACCUACUGAGGCCCUCACCCUCCUCUAGCUUUGCUCAGCCCCCACCCAUCUCCCUAUCAAGUGCUCCCACUGGCAGCCCUCUGCUACUGACCUGCCACCACUGCCCUAUCUUGGGCAACCUCUGCCAAGCCUCAGAGGAGGGUGUUUCUCUCCCGCUCAGCCGGGUCGGGGCAGACAUAGACACUGCCAUCCUCCCAGAGGCCUGGACUGGAAGCCUUGCCUCUUAAGGUCACCGAGGCGGUGCUUACGGAGCUGACUUUGGGAGAGGGUUCAGGCGUUUACACCUUCACCUUAGCUGUUUAGGGGUGAAAAGGGGGUGGCUGCCGCCCCCUGCACUUUCACAAUUGGCGAUUCUUAGCUGUUGCUUCUGCAAGGUGGGGUGGAGUUAGGUGUGCAGUCGAAGGGGGCACUGAAAUGGAAAAGGCAGUACUGCUGGUGAGAUGUGGGGCCAGGCCCUAGCUCUCAUAGAAGUGCAGGGAUAUGUGCCUAUCCUCUGUACCAAGACUCCUGUUUCUCUCUCCCCGUUUCUCUCUCCUCACGUCUGCUGGAAGAUAUUGCCUGCUUAAUCUUCUUAGACAUUGCCUUUGUUUCAGGAGCCUUCACCUGUGGAAAUAAAUGGGGUCAAGGCCCCCAUGUGGCUUUC